GCUCUUGACUCCCUGACAUCCCUCUGCUCUGUGCAGUAGCAGCUCAUCGAUGAUGCAUCUGGCCGUCCUCAGCGUCCUCCUGGCAUGUGCCGUGUCCCUCAGCAGCUCUGCUGUAGUUCUAGAAAAUGGCCUGCCCAUCCUGUGGGCUCAUACGACCGAACAGAUGAGUGACCUGCCGAAACAGAAUGACAUUCUGAACCCCGAUCCUUGGCACUACCUUCACCGUAUGAGUCUUUACCGGCUGAUGAUAGCUGCUACAAAUCCAUUCAUGGGAUCCAUGGGGACAGACGCUACAGACAGUCCUCUUUGGGGGCUCCCACUGCAGCUUGCAUGGAUGGUAACUUCAGGGCGUCUCGCAGAUCCAACAGGUGCUACAACCUGCGGCCUGGAAACGGGAGAUAACAUGUGCAUUUCUACUCAGAGCUGGUGGGGAUGUGUGAACUAUUUGUCCUCAGUACUGCCCUUCCUUUCUGCUGUGCAGCAAGGCUUCCUGGGGCCUGAUCUUCAGGUGCAGAUGCAGGUGCCUGAAGGUGUUGUGGACUAUUGCACCACCUACGCUGACUGUGCCACUCGUUUUCCUGAUGUCAUGUCUAAGUGGGAUGCCUUUUUCCAGGGUCUCAAGAGUGCAAGUGAGUCUCCUCUGUCUGAUGCUGAGAAGAAAGAUGCUCUCCUUGGUCUCAACUGGGCUGCUCAACUGGCUUCAACUCAUUCUUCUUCAGUAUGCGACACCAGGAAGAGCUACUACUCCUCCACAGAGCAGUCGUUUUUUAACAGCUGGCUCAACUCAGCAGAGUAUGUAGCGGCAGUGCAUUUCCAUUCCAAUAUCGCAAAAACUGUGCCGUUCAUAAGCCCUCUGCCAGGUCGAGUGCUACAGGAGAACGACAACUUCGCUGAUCUGAGUGACGAGGAGAGGCACACACUGUCCAUCUUCUCCUGGAUGCAAAGCAUCAACAGUUUUCUUGGUGGUACACUGGUGAGUAUGUGGCAAAAAGCCAUGUGUUCAGUACAAACAAGAGAGAAAGGCAGGGAAAUGCUGGAGCAGCUCCUACUCGACCCCCGGUUUGCCACGAGUUCUUUUGUGUCCCUCGUCACUGGAAUGGCAACGGGCUGCUGAAAGUAGCACACAAACACAUUUCUACAGACAACUCCUGUAUUAUGAAAGGUUUAAGGCAUGCUAAAAUACCUUUUAACUUGAUGUGUUUUCUUACAGUGAAUAAUAGCCUAUAAUACAAUAGUAUGUAAAAUAAUGCGAUUUUGUGGAGGAUGUAGAUCCAUCUGUAUUGUACAUGUUCUCAUCAUUAUCUUGUGAAUGUGUAGCAAACUCUGCAUUUCCACGUUUCAUUUUCAUUAAUAAACUCUGUAAACAAA